AUGGAUUUAGACAGUCAACAAAAGGAAUCCGUUUGUGUGAAAGAAGUGCAUAAAGACAGCGCCGCUGACAAAGACGGACGACUACGCAAAGGGGACCUCAUAUUGGCGGUGAACGAGCGCUCGUUGCGUGACAUAUCGUUCAGGGAUGCCGUCCAAGUGCUCCGGGAGGCGGCCAGUCCUCUGCGGCUGUUAAUACUCCGCGAAAACGCUCAGAAACUAUUCACAACACAUCAAUGUAGUGAUUUGAUGGGCUCUGAUCGGAAAAUCUAA